AGCUCUGAGCGUGAUAUUCCACAAGCCAGUGAACUCGCAUAGCCUCGGAAAGCCUGCUCUUGAGGUUUCGAAGAUGUUGGGCUACCUGUCCUUUUUAUCAACACAGACGUGGACGCUGCUCCUGCUGUUCCUGGGACUAUUGUUGGUGUAUGGAUACUGGCCUUAUGGAAUCUUCAAGAAGUUGGGGGUCCCUGGUCCAAAGCCAGUGCUGUUCUUCGGAAACAUGCUCAGCUACAGAAAGGGACUCCACAAUUUUGACAGGGAAUGUUUCCAGAAGUAUGGCAAGAUGUGGGGAUUUUUUGAAGGUCGACAGGCUACUCUCUGCAUCAUGGACACAGAGUUGAUCAAAAACGUCCUGGUCAAGGAGUGCUACUCGUAUUUCACCAACAGACGGAAUAUUGGCCUGAAUGGACCAUUGUAUGACGCUGUGUCCAUAGCUGAGAAUGAAGACUGGAGAAGAAUCCGUAGUGUGCUGUCUCCAUCUUUCACCAGCGGCCGCCUGAAGGAGAUGUUUGGGAUCAUGAAGACCCACUCACGCAACCUGGUGAACAGCAUGAAGAAGGAUGCAGACCUGGGCAGGCCAUCAGACACUAAAGAGUACUUUGGUGCUUACAGCAUGGACGUGGUGACCAGCACUUCUUUCAGUGUGGACAUCGACUCCCUCAACAACCCCAAAGACCCCUUUGUCACCAACAUCAAGAAAAUGCUGAAGUUUGACCUGUUGAGUCCAGUCUUCCUGAUUAUUGCUUUUUUCCCUUUCAUGGUGCCCGUCUUUGAGAAAAUGAAUAUUGCCUUCUUCCCCUUGUCUGUGACGGACUACUUCUAUGCUGCACUGCAGACCAUAAAGUCUCAGAGGGAAGCUAACUCUCACCAGAGUCGAGUGGACUUCCUACAACUGAUGGUAGACUCCCAGGCCCCUCAGAAAGAAGAGAAUGGAACUGGAGAUGGUACUCACAAAGUAGGACUGAGUGAUCACGAGAUUCUGUCUCAAGCGAUGAUCUUCAUCUUUGCUGGCUACGAGACCAGCAGUUCUACUAUGAAUUUCCUGUUUUACAAUCUGGCCACAAACCCAGAUACCCUGAAGAAGCUCCACGAUGAGAUUGAUGAAGUCUUCCCGGAGAAGGCUGAAGUCCAGUAUGAAGCCCUGAUGCAGAUGGAGUAUCUGGACUGUGUGAUAAACGAAACGCUGCGUCUGUACCCUCCUCUUGCUCGCCUCGAGAGAGUCUGUAAGAAGACCGUGGACGUCGGUGGUGUCAUCAUCCCUAAGGAUGCCGUUGUCAUGGUGCCUGCCUAUGUUCUUCAGAGAGACCCGGAAAUCUGGACCGACCCCGACUCCUUCAAACCAGAGAGGUUCAAUAAGGAGAACAAGGAGAGCAUUGACCCGUACUCUUACAUGCCGUUCGGACUCGGCCCCAGGAACUGCAUCGGGAUGCGCUUCGCCCUGGUCAGCAUGAAGCUGGCCAUCGUGGAGCUGCUGCAGAGAUUCACCAUCAGCACCUGUGCUGAGACGGAGAUUCCAGUGGAGUUGGACGUCAUGGGCCUUAUGGCACCCAAGAGACCUAUCAAGCUGCAGCUGUCUCCUCGGUCGUCUGGGGCACAGCUGACUCCCCGAGGCUGAGCGUCCACUUGCACUGGACACCAGGGGUGCCAAUGAUACACGAUAUGAUCCGCACAUACAGAAUACAUUGAUUUGUUUUUGUUUUUGUUUUUGUUGUUGCUGUUGCUUACUGCACUUUGUGUAGGAACUUUGAUAAGUAAUGCUCGCUCAUGUCAUUAUUUUUGAAAGCACCCGCACAUAAAUGACAGACCUUUAUCAAAUGAACACCAUAUAUGGUCGAUGGCCUACAUUACAUUACAUGCUAAAGUGCAAUUUGAGAUGUGCAAGCAAGCUCUAUCAAAACAGAUUUCGUCACGCAAGUACUGAACAUGAUGGUACUGGAGUUGUAAAUGCACUUAUCUUGGCAAACACUACCAGUUAUCAGCAACCUGGCAAUCGGCCCACUUGCUCUACAGCAGGCACACCUCAGUAGACAUCUUGGAAUCAACAAGGCACUUGUAUUGUUGUUGUGACACUUGUAGCCAUAUAAGCUUUAUUUUUUUAAUAGAACCUUAACUUCUUACUGAUUUAACUUUUUACUUUCUUGUCAGAAAUGCAUUUCUAAAACAUUUGAGGACAAGCUUUUUUUUUUUUUUUUUUUUUUGGUGAAAUAC